GGACUCUACAUAGACUGGUUGCACCUUUUCCUUCCCCUUUAGGGGCUGAUAAACAACUGGGUGAAUAACAGUGACAGCCCAAGGCACCAAGUGACUUUUAACCACCCCAGCCUCCAGAUACUUGUCUGUCUCCCUUUUGCUUUAGUUUUCUUUGUAAACCCAGUAGUUUGAGAGUUCAUAGAAGCAAGAAUUUCCUGCAUAGCUUCAGUCUCAGACAGUCAGGCUCAAGGAACAGAGUCCUGCCGAGACUUAAAUAGCCUUUCUUAGUUUCGUAACAAGUGAAAGUAAAACAGGACUGGACAGAGUAUGGGGGCAACAUGAAUUGCUGUCAUAAGUGGCAGCUCCAGACACUGAUGCUUUCUCUGCAAAUUCACUGCAGGAACGUCCCCAGACUUGCCCUCAAAAGAACUUUUGUCAUGUAGUUACUCUGUUUCUGAUUUGAAUGAUGUCCCAGCAAACACCAUGCUGGUGAUGGCCUGGUCACUAUGGAACUCUGUUGGAGCAUGGCACUGGCUAAGGACUCAGAAAAUACAGCUGAGAAGUAUUUGUCUCCACUACCAGCAGUAUCUUACUCUGAAGAGACAUUUUCUUAACUUUUUAAAAAAUGCAACUGGAAUAAUCAUCUUCAUUCUUUGCUGUAUCAGUGCAUAUAUACCAAAAACAGAUGCGGAACCUGAACCCUGGACAGCAAUUAUGCAUGAUUUGGGUCUGAUUGAAAACAUACGUGAAAGCAUUGAUGCCAGCUUGUAUACUGCAUAUACAGACAAGCCUGAUGAAUGUGAAGUACAAGUGAUGGAAUGCUUUUUCUUGGAGCUGAAAGUAAUUUUCCAGGAAUGUCAAGUCAUAAAAGGAUGUAAAAUCCAACAGCAUGUGCGCAAUGUGCUGAAAAAUGUAAAAAGUUUAUCAAAUAAUAAAAGUUCACAUUACAGUUUGAGCAGGAAUAAAAGACCAUGCAAACAAUGUGAAGAAUACGAAGAAAAAAAUUUCCGUGCCUUUAUAGAUGGUUUUAAAACAUUUGUACAACGCAAGAUGAAAAAUUGACCGCAUAUUCAUUGGAUGGAUGGACAACCAGCCUGGUUGGCUAUUUUAAGCACUUUUAAAAAUAACUUCAGAUUGUUGUUGGCUACGUGCACCACAGUCGAUUAUAUCUUUUUAUUUUACUCCUACUUUUGGGAAGCUAUUAAAUAUCAAGUUAUGUAUACUUUAUAAACAUUUUAAAUACU